AUGUCGGAGAUGUAUCAAAUGGAGGCCGAUGUCAAUAAGCGAAUCGACAUCACAAACAAUAGUUCUCUCAAAAUAACGAGUCUGGACCUUGAUUAUGAAGAUUUUCAAAAGGAUUAUUGUGUAGAUAAAGAAGUAAAUUAUCCAGAAAAGAUUAUUGAGGAAGAAGGAGAUGGAAAGCCUAAAAUUGGGAUGGAGUUUGUCAAUUUAGCAGAAGCUUGGGAAUUUUGGAAGAAGUAUGGGAAAUUUGUGGGGUUUGGAGUGCGAAAGGAUUACAUCAAUCGAAGCAAAAAGGAUGGAUGUGUACUAGUGCAGUUUUUGUUUGUUGCAAAGAAGGUAAAAGACAGGAGGACAAACGGAGGAUUGGUGAACAUAGUUUUGGACAGAGGGAGUCAGAAAUACAAGAUUAAAAAUUUUGUUGAGGAACACAAUCAUGAACUUGAGCCUCCAGAGACUCAUCAUAUGAUAAGAUCCCACAGAGAAGUGGGUGCAAUUUAUGGUUUGGCAAUUGAGUUGACUAGCGAUUCUGGACUCACUCCUAGAGCAACCCCUGAGUUAUUAUGUAAAGAAGUAGGGGGAGGGCAAGACUUGAGUUCAUCAUGGAAGAUCAAAGGAGUUAUUAGCGAUCAAAGAGAGAAAAAAAAAUAUGGCAAUGGUGAGUUGGGAAAUAUUGUGAAAUGCUUUGAGGAGAAAAAAAUGAAGGAUCAUGGAUUCUUUUAUUCUAUGCAAUUUGAUAGUGAUGAAUUAGUCACUAAUUUAUUCUGGUCUGAUUUGAGAAUGAUUGUUGAUUAUGUUGACUUUGGGGAUGUACUCACCUUUGACACUACAUGUGGCACCAACAAAGAGUUAAGACUAAUACCAAAUCAAAACGUCAAGACAAUUGAUAGGAGAACAGCAAGGAAGAGCGAGGUACAGUGUGCACCGAAUCUCCUUAAGGUAUCAUUAAAAGCAUUGCUUAACCUUGAUACUCGCUUAGCACUUAGUGCAUCCAAGGAAUGGGUUAGGUUUCCAUCUGGAUAA